AUACUUAAGUAGUUGAUAAAUUUCGUUGCCUUUUACAUCUUUUCUAGGAGUAUAUCAUAAUACUCUGUUGUAACAAAACAGUCUUGAUAAAUAUUUAGCAAUUUUCUCAUUAAAAAAAUGGAGGAAUAUAAUAAUUCCAGCAAAGUUUUACGAAUAUCCAAUGCGUAUAAAACAUAUGAUAAUAUUAAAAAUGUAAUCGAUAAUUUUAGUAUGGCUGUACAAAAAGGAUGUAUUUAUGGUCUCUUAGGACCUAGUGGAUGUGGAAAAACUACUUUGUUGAAUUGUAUAAUAGGAAUACAAACAUUAGACUGGGGCUCUAUUGAUUUACAAGUUCAAUCUCUUGCAAAUAUUGGUUAUAUGCCUCAGGAUAUUUGUCUUGAUCAUUAUCUUACAGUAAAAGAAACGCUGAUGCAUUAUGGGGCUUUAUACAACAUGGAACAAAAAAAAAUAGAAAGUAAAAUUCAAGAACUUAAAAAUAUUUUACAGCUUAACUUUCUUCAUUCAUUUAUUAAGGAUUUAAGUGGAGGACAAUGUAGAACAGUUUCAAUAGCUGUUAGUUUGUUACAUGAUCCUCAAUUAAUUAUAUUAGACGAGCCAACCGUAGGUCUUGAUGUAUUGAUGAUUGCUAAUAUUUGGAAUUAUUUCCUUAAUUUAUCAAAGAAAAAUGGUAAAACUAUUAUAAUAACAACACAUUAUAUUCACGAAGCAUCUCAAGCAGACAUGAUUGGUUUCAUGCGAAAUGGUAAAUUAUUAAAAGAAUGCUCACCUCAAAAAUUGUUAUCAGAAUACAAUACUGAUUCUCUCGAAAACGCUUUUUUAAUACUUUGCAAAAAACAAGCUAUUAUACAAAGAAGAUGCCACAAUACACAGCGUGAAAUAUCAAAGUCGAAUAACAUUUUAUUGUAUGGAAAUAGUUCUGGUAUGUCCCGUAGUAAAAUUAAAGCUUUAUUCAAAAAGAAUUGGUCGGUAUUAAUCAGAGAUUUUAUACAUUUAAUGUUCCUUAUUGUUUUGCCAAUAAUUCAAAUAAUCAUCGUUAAUUUAUCAAAUGGAACUUUAAUUGAAAAUAUUGACAUAGCUGUAGAUAAUAAGGAAGUAGAUUUUUCUAAGUGCACACAUACUCACUUUAAUGGAUGCAUCUAUGAUAAUGUUUUUAAUGGAUCAUUAAGUUGCAGUAUGUCAGAUUAUCUUAGAUCUCGGCAUUAUAACAUUGUAAAAGUCAAAGACGAACAAGAUGGAAUAAAAGCUGUUGCUAAAGGCCAUGUUGCUGCAUUUAUAAGCUUUUCUCAAAAUUAUACAAAUGAAUUGCACAGUUUAAUAACAAGAAGUGAUGAAUUUUUAUUAGAGUCUACUGCUAGCGUUUAUUUGGAAGGAAGCUAUCCAAUAAAAAAUCAAAUGUUUAAUGAGAUUUUCAAAGGAACAAAAUUUGUUUUGGAAACAGCGAUUAAUCAAUGUGAUAUAGAAGGGGAAAUAUUACAAAUUCCUAUGAAUAUAAAUGAAAUGUAUGGUUCAAAUAUUCAAUCAUUUAAAGAUGAAGCUAUGGCUAAAGUACUCACUUUAUUAUUGUUUUAUUUCUCAAGUGUUUAUUCUGCAAGUUUUAUGUUAAUGUCAAAGCUUAAUAAUCUGUUAAUUCGACCAAUGACCGCUGGAGUAACGAUAAUAGAUGUCAUUUUUUCAUUAUUUUUGAAUCAUACAGUGGCAAAUAUGAUACAAAUUACUAUAAUGUUCGUUUUAUCUUAUAUGUAUUUUGAAAAUCCUAUUGAAUUUUCUGCCAACUUAUGUUUAGUGUGUGUUGUUCUCAAAAUUGUAUCAUGGACUGGAUUUUUAUACGGUGUAAUGGUUUCUGGAAUAACGACAAAUAGUACUGAAGUUAUGUUUUUAACAUUUGGAUACAUUUAUAUGCAAGUAUUUGUCGGAGGAAUACUGUGGCCCACGAAUAGUCAAACACCAUUAUUAAGAUUUUACAGUGAAAACCUUCCAAUAACAGUCGUAGGUCGUUUAAUAAAUAAUAUUUUUCUAAAAUCUUGGUCGUUCACUCAUCCUUUGAUAAUGAUAGAUUUUAUAAAAUCAGUUAUACUGUUAUUUUUACAUUUAUUUGGAGUUAUUUGUGUUAACUACUUAUAUAAAAAUGCAUGGAUUAUCCAAAAAUAAUUAAUAUUAUAAUAACUCAAAAAAUUUUGUGAAGUUGGAUUAAAUAAUUAAGUUACUAUUUAUUGUUAAAAUAAUAAUAUUCUUUGAAUGAUGAGUACAAGGAUUUAUAAAAAAUAUAACAAAAAACGUUAGAAAAAUAGUAGUAACUAUUUUUUAUUUAAAUAAAAAUUAUGAAAACAAUUAUUAUAAAGUAUACUGAUUUUUGUUAUAUUAUUGUUAUAUUAUAUUAUUGUCAUACAAAAAACAAAUUGUAGUUAAUUUAUUAAAAAUAUUUAAAGAAAAACAUGUGAAAAGCCAACUGUACUCACAAUUAGGUGCUCCUAACUAAAUUAAUCAAAACAAAUUGUCAUUCAUAAUACUGGAAAACUUUGGCUAAAUGUAAAUUUGAGUAAUUACAAAAUUAGCUUUUUUCGUGUGCCGCAAUAGAGUUUUCAUUAUAUUGUAAAUAUUUUAGAUUUUAAUCAACUGAUUUAAAAUUUUUUUAUAUAAAAUUAAACAAUAUUAAAUUCCAUACAACUUUUGUCUAAAGCAAUUUUCGAUUGACUUUUUUCUCAUUUGCUAUCUACGAAUUCACCAUUAUAUUUAUAUAAUUUUUUUUCUUC